AUGCAUCUGGUGUUGUCGGCUGCCAGAAAUGCGUCAUUUGCUGCCGCUGCAGACGCCAAAAGGGCCAUAGCCGUCAUUGUCGAAAAAAAGAAAAGCUGUAGGAUCUACUUGGGUACUUACUUCUACGCACCAGCCGUCGCCAGCCUGCAGCGCCAGGCAAUUGUGGAUUGGAUUAAUUGA